AUGUCAUCUUCCGCCACCAACAUCCGCAGCUCAUGGUCGGACCCGUUCCACCGCUCCCUUUGUUUGAGGCGCAAGCUGGAGUCGAGGUACAACGAGCAGCUAUGCCUUCCUCAACUUCAGCGCAGUCGUGAUCGUCUGAUGGCGAUCCACAUCAACUAUAGCAAGGAGAGUGUAAUCGACGCCGCGACCCGCCUCUUCAACGAUACCAAGGCACCUCCAAGCUCCAUGACUGACGAGAGUCUCUUAACUUCUGUCCACGACAACAUCUAUGCGGACGACUUCGGCCUUGACGUCGGCAUUGCUACCUCUAUGGAGGAGUGCGGCAUCACCGAAGGCUUAAGCGACCACCCAGGCCACUAUUCUCCAGCCUUAUCUCCUUCCGAAGCCUUGACCCUUCUUGACUCCCUCGUUGUAGGCUCUUCUGCUCUCGAGUCGAGUCAGGCUUUGGGUCAAGCUCUCUCUGUC